AUGAAGUUCACCGAUGGUCACCUAAAGCAAUUCUGGGCUUCUCAGUGGGAAACGUAUCCUAUACUGGCAAAAAAAAGCUCUCGCUGUGCUGAUGUCUUUCGCGGCUAUAUACUUGAUGUUCCUUUACUUUCCCCUAUCUAUCUAUCUAUCUAUCUAUCUAUCUAUCUAUCUAUCUAUCUAUCUCAGCAAUUUAUCUAUUUAUGUUCCUCAUAUAAUCUAUCUAUCUAUCUAUCUUCUUUAUAUAAUCAGUCAGGCAAUUUAUCUAUUUAUGUUCCUCAUAUAAUCUAUCUAUCUAUCUAUCUAUCUAUCUAUCUAUCUAUCUAUCUAUCUUCUUUAUAUAAUCAGUCAGGCAAUUUAUCUAUUUAUGUUCCUCAUAUGAUCUAUCUAUCUAUCUAUCUAUCUAUCUAUCUAUCUAUCUAUCUAAUGUUGACCGUCGAUUCAUGUACAUCUAUCUAUGUUCAUCAUAUAAUCAGUCUAUCUAUCUAUGUUCCUUAUGUAAUUUAUCUAUCUAAAGAGCUUCUGCCAUGGAGUAAUGAUCAGCAAACCAACUUCGUAAAGUUUUGUUUCUCUGGUAAAUUCAUUCCUUACUAA